AUGCCUACGCCAGUAGAGGGUAGCACAGCAGGCACUGGGACUAGUGGCGGAUCCAAUGCUCCUAUAACGAGCGGUGUUCCGAAGGGUGUGAUUAUACGCGAUAUACAGGCACUGCAGCGGAAGAAGCAGGCGAUGAUAGCAGCAGGGCGCGAUACAGUGCAGGUGAUAGCGGAUUUCGACCGCACGCUCACCAAGUUCACAGUCAACGGGAAGCAAGGCCAGAGCUGCCACAUGCUGCUGAAUCUGCGGCACCCCGAGUUGGAGGAGCGCGGCAGGAGGCUGACAGCCAAGUACCUGCCCAUGGAGACGGACCCGCACAUGCCAUACGAGGAGAAGUUCCGGUGCAUGGUGGAGUGGUGGACGGCAGCACACGAGCUGCUGCUGGAAAGUGGAAUCACCCGCGCUGACGUCACUCAGAGUGUGGCCGCUGCCAACACUGCCUUCCGUGACGGCUUCUGCGACAUGCUUGCCCUGCUGGAGGUGAGCGGCAGUGCUGCAGGCCCACGGCGUGCCGCUGCUCAUCUUCUCUGCUGGGCUGGCAGACGUGAUUUAAGAGCCCAUCGUAACUCCCCCUCUGCCCUUCUCAACCCCUCUCACCCCCUCCCACCUUCUCCCACCCCCUCUCACCCCCUCUCAUUAAUCACUCCGACGCCCAUCUCUCAGCUACUGCAGCAGCAGCUUCCUCACUCCUUUUCCAACGUGCGAGUCGUAUCCAACCGAAUGCAGUUCGAUGAAUCUGGACGCCUUAUCGCCUUUCCAGGGCGCAUCAUCCACGUGUUGAACAAGAACGAGCACGCCUUGGAGCUAGCAGCCAUGGAUGAGCCCACCGCUCCCACUCACUCCCCCUCUCAUGGCAAUGCCACCACCAUAGAUGCACACACCAACUCAGCUGCCACCACCCAGGUGCUGACCAUGGCUCCUCAAGGUGUCGAUACGGAGGCUGGAACUGAUACAGUCAUGCCGGGUACAAUCACAGCUGCAGAGGAGGUGGCGGAGGUGUGGAGCAGGAUGAAUGUGAUUCUAUUGGGGGACCAUCUGGGCGAUCUGGGCAUGUCGGAGGGCGUGAGCAUGAGCAAUCAGAUUUCGGUGGGGUUCUUGAACCAGUUGGACCUCUAUAAGAGGUCGUUUGAUAUAGUGGUGCUGGAUGAUGGACCUAUGGAAGUGGUAAUAGCACAACUUCACGAUAUUAUGUCAUUCUAA